AUGUCAGACUACAAGCAAGCCUUUGACAUCCCCGCCAAUCCUUCAGCACGGAAGCCUAAUAAUCAUGUGGCCUCAGCGGAAAAGGCCUUGAAGAACCUCCAAAAUGAAGAGAAACGAAGAUCAGUCUUUUCAUGCUUGGCCAUGCCCAUGACCCCAAAGAAAACAUGUUCCAAAAAGACCCAGCCUUCUUCAGAAUUUAUCGACAGCGCCUAUAAUAUUAUCCGCAACACGACCCCUCCAUACAGCUUUGAAACUGGAGCGAAGCUUACCGGUAUCCUCCUGUGUCCUAAACACGUUCAGGAAACCAGGUAUUUCUUGGCUGUGUUGCUGGAAAUCCUGGCCUUGGAGCGCUCCGAAGAGGAAAAGGCUUUCGCAACAAUGCAGGCUCAGUACAUGGCCCUUGUCCGCUACAAUGGCUCACCGGACGCCGUUACAAGGCAGGCUCAGUCCAUGGCUCUUGUCCUCCACAAAGACUCACCGGACGCAGUUUCAAGGCAUCUCCUAAACAUCUUCGAUGAUCGACCUGGACCCUCACGCCUGGCUUCUGGACAAUGGACAUCUCAAUGCAUCCCUAGACUAGAGUACAAAGUGUCUGCGGAAACAGAGGAAGACAGUUCACCGAAAGCCAGUGCAGGAGACCAGCCGCAGGAUUUGGCAUUGGAAUUCUCCUCCGUCAAGUGGGAUCUUUUGUUCAGUAAGACUUUUCAAUGUAUCGCCACUGGGGGUACUGGACAACGGUGCCAAGUUGACAUCGACAAUGCAUUACGGGAGAGAGCUCGAGCUGCCCUUGAAGGGUAUCUACUGACUUCUCCGCCCCGAGAUGUUCUGGACCAAUUAGUCAGCGACUUACUAUGCUUUUCGCAUCGCCGCAAAGACUGGAUAGAUGCAUACCACGCAGAAUGGGACAGAUUUUUCUUCGGUCCCCUGAGACAUUUACCAUCGAGCGUGCCUGAGAGUAGCUCGCCACCCUCUGGUCCUGCCACUUCUACGAAGCCAACUCUACUAGGUGAUAGCACUCCUUCGAUCUCGGAAUAUACAAAGGGCAAUCACCUGCGCAGGCAGUCAUUCAACAACCUUACAAAAGACUGCCGCUUCAAUGGAACACAUGAGAUGGAUAACCCUUGGGCCCAAACGCCUGAGAAACAGUCAAAAGCCGCCUUCUCUUCUCCAUUGCGGGAUGCAAGGCUUCCUCCUACUAAUAUCAGCAAGGAAGCGCCUAGGGCAUUGAGAGCGACAGGAAAUUCUGCGUCAUCUAAGCCAUUGGCCGGAAAAUUCCGUGUAGAGGACACGACGCGGUGUUUCCAGGACCUUAAAGUAAGCGGCCCCUCACCGCCAGAUCGGAGCCGGUGCCAUGAUUGCGCCAAAGACCCCACAGCGCAUGAGGAACUCAACUAUCAGGCCAUCUUCGAGCUGAAGGCUAAUAUUGCGAAUCUGCUCAAGAUGCCACUGGAACCUCUUGAUGCACACGUCUACGUCAUGCAGUCUCAGGACCUUCCCGGUCGAGUCAAAGUUGGUAUGGCCAAAGACGUCAAGGCGCGUGUUGCCCAGAUCAAGAGAAAUUGCAGCUUGAAAAACUUAGUAGUGCUGUACAAUACAGCGCCCAUCAAGCAUCCCGCGCGCGUGGAGAAGCUUGCACAUCUAGAGCUAAAGCCAUUUCUCGAGACUCGGCAAUGCCUACACAAGGGCAGCGUAAAGACUCACAACGAGUGGUUCCACUGCGAGCCGCAUACUGCUAUUACAGCGGUUAAGCAGUGGUGCCGCUUUAUGGACCAAGCGCCGUACUCCGAGAAUGGUAUGCUCAAAGAUCAGUGGGUAAACAAGCUAAAGCUGUUUGGAGGUUUUUUUAGCCAGCACCCAGCUAGAAGCUUUGCGGACGUUCAGGAGCGCCACAAAUUGUGGCUGGAGUCGGAGUCUUGA